AUGGUUAGAAAGUUAUUUAAUACAUCACAUAAAAAAGAAUUAAUAUUAGAUGUUGAUACGACCAUUGUAAAAAUUGGAACACCAAAGAAUGUUGUAUUAUUAACAAAAUGGUUAGAUGCAAAUGGAGCAAUUAAAGAAGAAGGUGUAUUUAGAGUAAAUGGUAAUACAACAACAAUGGAACAAAUUAAAAAGAAUUUUAGUCAAGGAAAAGAUGAUUUAACUAAAUACACUUCUGCUGAUAUUCAUUCAAUGGCUGGUUGUUUAAAAUUCAUUUUAAGAGAAUUACCAGAACCAAUAUUCACUUGGGAUUUUUAUCCAAUAUUUAUAAAAAUACAAUGUUUACAAGAUGAAUCAAGGAAAUUAUUUUUUUUAAAAAUGUUAAUUCACGGUUUACCAUAUACAAGUAGAACAUUAGUAUUUCAAUUGUUUGGAUUUUUAAGUAAAUUUUCAGUACAUCAAGAUCAAAAUAAAAUGACUCCAAAAAAUUUAGCAACAGUUUUUGCACCAAAUGUAUUAAGACCUAAAAAAGAGGAAGAUAAUUUUCAAUUAAUGAAUAAUCAAGAUUCAAUCGGUGUUAUUGAAACUUUAAUAGAAGAAUUUCAAUAUAUUUCAAAUAUUCAAAAGAAUACAUUAAAUUCACAAGAAAUUAAAGUUAAAUCAGUAUUACCAUUUGAUGAGACUACAAAUGCAAUUACUCAACAAAGUUUAGUUGAAGAUUAUUUAAUUGCUAAAGCAAAUACACCACAGGAAUCAUCAAGUUUUAAAAAGAAUUUACCAUUUAAAAAAGGUGAUAUUAUAAAGUUAUUGUAUAUUAAAAAUGAUGGUAAUUUCAUUGGAGAAAUUAAUGGUAUUACAGGUAACUUAUCACAAACCUAUGUUGAUAUAAUCGAUAUUUCUGAACUUGCAGAAGCUUUUACAUUAACUCCACCACCAAUUCCAACUUUACCAAUUGCUUCAACCAUAUUACAUACACCACCUACAUCAUCAUCAUCUUCAUCUUCAUCAUCAUCUUCUUCUAUAUUAUUAACCGAUAACCAACCAAAAUUAUGUUCUUCAACACCUAGAAUUAAUAAUUCUCCAAGUAGUUUCUCACCAUCACUAUCAUCAACAACACCACAAUUAUUAGUACAACAAUCACCUAGACAAUCACCUAGACAAAUUCCAUCUAUUAGCUUAAUAGUUGAACCAAAUAAUACUAAUCAACCAUCAUUUGGCCAUGGCACAUUACAAAGAACAAGUACUGGUUACUUUAGUUCCAAACCAUUAUCGAUUUCACAACCUAUUAAUAUGUCAAAACCAACUAAUAUGUCACCACCAACUCAUCAUGCUAUGUCAAUGCAUAAUUUACCACCAUCAAACACAACUAGGGAAAAUCAUUUACCACCAUUACCAACUAAACCUCCACCCUUAACAAUACCUUCUUCAAGUAGUCUUCCAACUACUCCAAUAAAACAACAACCACAACAACCAAUACAACAACCAUUAACACCACAGAACCAUCAUCACCAUCAUCAUCACAAUAAUUUAUCAUCAUCUGUUAAUACUGCUAAUACUGGUAAUUGUGCAAAUAUACUUUCACCAAAUAGUGAUAGAUAUUUAUCAAGUCGUAGUCAAUCAAGUGUACAUUUAUCAGGUUCAUCUUCAUCCUCCUCUUCCUCAUCUUCCUCAUCAUCAUCAUCAUCAUCAUCAUCAUCAUCGACAUCAAACAGAAAAUUUGAUUUUUCAUUAAAAUCAAAGAGUUCAAAAAAUUCACCUUCUAAAAAUUUACCUCCACAACCAACUACUACCUCAACAUUAACACCUCCACCACCACCAACUAUUACAACCACUACUACCACUACCACUACUACCACUACUACCACAAUUGCAACAACACCACCUCCACCAUCAAAACCAUUACCAAAUAUUCCUGUAAAAGAUCAACAAUUUAAUACAUUAAAAAGAUCAACAAUUGAAAUUCCACCACCAACAAUAACAUCAACCAAUAUUAAUAACAAUAAUAAUACUAUUAAUCCAAGAACAUUAAAUUAUAGUUUUUCAUCAUUUUCAAUUACUUAUAAUAAUAGUCAAUUAGGUGGACAAUUAUCACAAGAAGAACCUCCAGGUGGAGUCAAAUCACAAUCUUCUUACUUGGAUAAUAAUAAUUUACCAUCCAGAAAUACAAAUAUUCCAAAUUUACCACCAAGACCUCCACCUUUAAAUAUUCCACAACAACAACAACAAUAUAAACCAUUACCAUCACCACCACAAUUACAAUCACCACAAUCAUCUUUAAAUCAAUCUUUACAAAUUCCAUUACAACAACAACAACAAGUACAACAACAAAAGUUGACUACACAUUAUAUAUUACCACCUCAAAAUACAAAUUUAAGUGGAAAAAAUCUUCAAAGAUCAUCAACAUCAAUGUUACUUAAUAAAUUACCACCACCACCAUUUAGUUUUAAUAAAAAUUAA